UGGGUAAGACUCUGUAAGUAAGAACUACAAACAUUUGUGUAUGUAGGCUAAAGUGUCAGGGUUCAAAUUUCAUGGUCCCUGAAUAUAUUACCUAUUAGGCAGGCUACAGCACACUUCAGUUUAUCAGUGUUAAAGGACAUGAAUCUGACUGCAGAGAGCCACAGUAUCCCUCUCAGUGAUGGGAACAGGAUUCCACUGCUGGGACUGGGCACCUAUGGGGACCCUCGAACGACGCCCAGAGGCACAGCUCUUGAGUGUGUCAAGCUGGCCAUAGAUGUGGGUUACAGGCAUUUUGAUGGGGCUCUGGUGUACUUCAAUGAGCAUGAAGUGGGUCAAGCCAUUAGACAGAAGAUUGCUGAGGGAGUCGUGAAAAGAGAGGACAUCUUUUACUGUGGAAAGCUCUGGAAUACCUUCCAUCCACCAGAGUUGGUGAGACCAGCCUUGGAGAGGACACUGAAAAUCUUAAAACUAGACUAUGUGGAUCUCUACAUCGUUGAGCUCCCUAUGGCCUUCAAGCCUGGCAAUGAGUUCUAUCCAAAGGACGAGGAUGGAAAAUACAUCUACCACCACACAGACAUCUGUGCAACAUGGGAGGCCUUGGAGGCUUGCAAAGACGCAGGAUUGGUCAAAUCUCUGGGAGUCUCCAACUUCAACCGCAGACAGCUGGAGCUGCUGCUGAAUAAACCCGGCCUCAAGCACAAACCUGUGUCCAACCAGGUUGAAUGUCACCCAUACUUCACACAACCCAAGCUCAUGGAGUACUGUCGCCACAACGACAUUGUGAUUGUUGGAUACUGCCCAAUUGGCUCCUCCAGAGAUGCAUCCUGGGUGAAUGUGAAAUGUCCCCCCAUGCUGGAGGACAAGCUGCUUGUAUCCAUCGGGAAAAAGUACAACAAGAGCAGCGCUCAGGUGGCUCUACGCUUCAACGUCCAGAGAGGAGUCGUCGUGAUCCCCAAGAGCUUCAGCCCCGAGAGGAUUACACAUAACUUUCAGAUAUUUGAUUUUUCACUCACUGAGGAUGAAAUGAAAGCUGUUGAAGCACUGAACAAAAACAUUCGAUUUGUUGAGCUGCUGAUGUGGAGUGACCAUCCCGAGUACCCAUUUCAUGAUGAAUACUAAACUUUGGGAUGUUUUUCUGCCUCAAUUCUCCAAUAGUGUUUACACUGAACACUAGAGGGCACUAGUUCACAGUGCAUGAAACGUACAAGUAAAGGAACAUUUAAAGGGGUUUACAUACAGCUCAAAUAUGUGACUAAAGUUGUUUUUUACUUU